AUGAGCAUUGGUGUUGAACUUGCACCUGUGUUUCUGUACAAGUCCCUGUCUUCUGUGUCUCACCAGGUGCCCGCAGAGCCAGUUCCCAGCUCUCUCCCUGGCAGCGGGCUGCUGCUACAUUACUCCCAGGAGAAUUCACACAAUCACAGUGACUGUUCCGAGGAGUUUAGGCAACAGCUUCCAUACAAAGAAGAUAAAUCCCAAAUUCCUUUGGAGUCUGAUUCUGUGGAGUUCAAUAAUGCUAUCAGUUAUGUGAAUAAGAUCAAAACACGUUUUCUUGACCAUCCAGAAAUUUACAGAUCCUUUUUAGAAAUUCUGCAUACUUACCAGAAAGAACAGCUGAACACUAAAGGCCGACCCUUUCGGGGCAUGUCAGAGGAAGAAGUGUUUACUGAAGUAGCGAAUCUGUUCAGGGGACAGGAGGAUCUGCUUUCUGAGUUUGGACAGUUCCUCCCAGAAGCUAAAAGGUCUUUGUUCACAGGAAAUGGACCAUGUGAAGUGAACAGUGUCCAGAAAACUGAGCAUGAGAAGAAUCUGGAACACAGCAAAAAGCGAUCCAGACCGCUGCUGCUGCGUCCUGUUUCUGGCCCAGCAAAGAAGAAAAUGAAACUGCGAGGUACCAAAGACCUGUCAGUAGCAACAGUGGGAAAAUACGGAACGCUACAAGAGUUUUCCUUCUUUGACAAGGUCCGUAGGGUCCUGAAGAGCCAGGAAGUCUAUGAAAAUUUUCUCCGUUGCAUUGCUCUCUUCAACCAGGAGUUGGUUUCUGGCUCUGAGUUGCUCCAGCUAGUUACACCAUUUUUAGGGAAAUUCCCAGAACUCUUUGCACAAUUCAAGUCCUUUCUUGGCGUGAAAGAGCUUUCAUUUGCUUCUCCACUGAGCGACCGAUCUGGGGAUGGAAUGAGUCGAGAAAUUGAUUAUGCUUCCUGCAAACGCAUAGGAUCGAGUUACCGGGCUCUCCCCAAAACCUACCAGCAGCCAAAGUGCAGUGGAAGGACAGCCAUCUGCAAGGAGGUGUUAAAUGAUACCUGGGUUUCAUUUCCAUCCUGGUCUGAAGACUCCACUUUUGUCAGCUCCAAGAAGACCCCUUAUGAGGAGCAGUUGCACCGCUGUGAGGAUGAGCGGUUUGAGUUGGAUGUUGUCUUGGAGACCAAUUUAGCCACAAUACGUGUGCUGGAGAGUGUGCAGAAAAAACUGUCACGACUGACUCAAGAGGAUCAGGAGAAAUUUCGCCUGGAUGAUUGCUUGGGAGGAACAUCAGAAGUGAUCCAGCGCAGGGCCAUCUAUCGUAUCUACGGUGAUAAAGCACCAGAGAUCAUUGAAAGUCUUAAGAAAAACCCAGUUACUGCAGUUCCUGUUGUUCUUAAGAGAUUGAAAGCAAAAGAGGAGGAAUGGCGGGAGGCCCAGCAGGGCUUCAACAAAAUUUGGAGGGAGCAGUAUGAGAAAGCCUACUUGAAGUCCCUUGACCACCAGGCCGUCAACUUCAAACAAAAUGACACCAAAGCUUUGCGCUCCAAGAGCUUGCUGAAUGAAAUUGAGAGUGUCUAUGAUGAGCAUCAGGAGCAGCAUUCAGAGGGGAGAAGUUCGUCCACAAACGAGCCUCAUCUUAUCUUUAUCUAUGAAGAUAAGCAGAUUUUGGAAGAUGCAGCCUCUCUUAUCAGCUAUUAUGUGAAAAGGCAGCCCACUAUCCAAAAGGAGGAUCAAGCAACCAUCCGGCAGAUAGUGCAUCACUUCAUACCUGAGCUGUUUUUCUCUCAGCCCCCUGAGCACAGUAUUUCUGAAGAAUCAACAGAUGAGGACAGAGAAAACCAUCAGGGGCAGAACCUGGAGACUCCUGAGCUACGGAAAAAACAUGUGCCUGGGCCUCCAAGCAGUCCUUUGGAGACAAAAGCAACCUUCUGUGAUGUUACAGCUGCUGAACCCCACAACACUCUGGAUGAUGUUUACAGUCUGUUCUUUGUCAAUAAUAAUUGGUAUUUCUUCCUCCGCCUUCACCAGACUCUGUGCUCAAGGCUCCUAAAGAUUUAUCGUCAAGCUCAGAAGCAGCUUCUAGAAUAUCGGACCGAAAAAGAGAGAGAGAAGCUCCUUUGUGAGGGAAGAAAAGAAAAAACCAAUGAUCCAGCCAUGGAACUAAGACUGAAGCAACCAAGUGAGGUGGAACUGGAGGAGUACUACCCCGCCUUCCUGGAUAUGGUGAGGAGUCUGCUGGACGGGAACAUCGACCCGACGCAGUACGAGGACACGCUGCGGGAGAUGUUCACCAUCCACGCCUACAUUGGCUUUACGAUGGACAAACUGGUGCAGAAUAUUGUCCGUCAGCUUCACCAUCUAGUGAGCGAUGACAUCUGCUUGAAGGUUGUGGAGCUCUACUUGAACGAAAGGAAGCGAGGUGCUGCUGGAGGUAACUUAUCCUCUAGGUGUGUCCGGGCAGCAAAGGAGACCAGCUAUCAGUGGAAGGCUGAACGUUGCAUGGCGGAUGAGAACUGUUUCAAGGUAAUGUUUCUUCAGCGGAAAGGACAGGUGAUCAUGACCAUUGAGCUGCUGGAUACGGAAGAAACCCAGACAGAAGAUCCUGUGGAGGUCCAGCACCUGGCUAACUACAUGGAGCAGUAUGUUGGGGUCGAAGGAGCUCCGAACAACCAGAAUGAUGGCUUCUUACUGAAACCAGUCUUUCUGCAGAGAAACCUAAAAAAGUUUCGCAAGUGGCAGUGUAAGCAAGUGAGAGCUCUGCGUAGCGAAGUGAAGAGCUCCUGGAAGAGGCUGAUUGGGGUGGAAAGUGCCUGCAACGUGGACUGCCGGUUCAAGCUCAACACCCACAAAAUGAUGUUCAUCAUGAACUCGGAGGAUUACAUGUACAGGCGGGGAGCUCUCUGCCGAGCCAAGCAGGUACAGCCGAUGGUGCUGCUGAAGCACCACCAGCAGUUUGAAGAGUGGCACAAUAGGUGGCUGGAAGAGAACGUGACCAUGGAGGCAGUUGACGUUGUUCAGGACUGGCUCAUGGGAGAUGAAGACGAGGAGAUGGUGCCCUGUAAAACCACCUGCGAGACGGUGAAUGUCCACGGGGUCCCGGUGAACAGAUACAGAGUUCAGUACAGUCGCCGUCCAGCUUCACCCUGAGCAGAGACUUGUUCCUGGGACCAAGAGAAGUAGGAGCGUUUGCUGGUGAAACACAUUUACUCUGAGAAUAGUGGUGGGAAUGCAAUGUAUGUAUUAAUGAUAUUUAUCCAAACAGCAUUUUACUUUGGAUUAUGAUGUAUUUUCCAUAUGGCAUAGACUUGUCUCCUUGCAGUGUAAUCCUCCAGCCGUCAUGAAGAGACUUUUAAAAGCUUUAUGGGAAGAGGGCUCUUGGCAUUGCCACACACUUUUUAGUAAUUUCCUAGCUUUAGGCCACUGCUGACCAGCCCGUACGGGAAGGCUGAGUGAGGGGGUGAGGCUCUGGGCGAGCUACCACCAGUGGCUCUGUUGGAGAGAUGGAGCUGGGCUGGUGUUUGAGCAGAUGCUGGCAGCUGCUUCCACAUGGAAGGGUUUAAUGUUCCCUAUCUUCCUGAAUUUACGCCAUCUUGGAGCCUGCAGAACUCUUUGGUGUAACCUCCAAGUGCCAGCGGGGCGGGGAGCGCCGGGCACAGCUCGCAAGCCCCGCGACGGGCCGCUCCCUUAGCGAUGGGUACUCAUCAGGCUUGGUCCUGGUGCUCUGGUGAGAAAAAUGCCAAAACUGAGACAAGGGUGAACAGCGUUACUACACGCUCUUAACUCUCACUCAUCAACUGAAGGAUUUUGGAGCAUGAACUGAGGGAAGGAGCUCUCUGCGCUGCCGCACUCGGCAAGACGUGCGCCGCGUCCCUGUUGUUGCUUUGUGAACUUACGACCUGCUGCAGACUCUGCCUUCUCAGAUCUGGAGCUGCUUGGAGCGUGUGCGUGGGGAGGAAUAUCCAUUGCGAGGUCUGGCCUGAUUGUUUUGGGGGAUUUUUUUGGUAAUUUUUGUUUUUUUCUUUUUGCUAUUUUGCAUGUUGAUUGGCAGCCUCUGGAGACUGCGUCUUCAGGCGCUUGGCUUUCCUUGUGCAUGCCCGGCUCCGCGGUCCCGCUGGGUUGUAGCACUGCAGGAGCAGCAGCAGAUGGAGCUCUUGCAGCGCAGCGUUUGUCCUGGGUCUGAGGUUUGCCCCAGAUACUUCCCUGUUUCUGCUGGCUCAGCACAGAUGCUGUAUUUGCAGUGACGCACGGAAAUCUGUAACGGGCAGUGUUAGAUCCAGCCACAGCCAUCGCAGACGAGCUUUUCCAGUGAACCAUUUGUACUUCGACCCAAGCUUUUUUGCAAUGAAGCCUAACAAAAAACCUACCCCAAAUCAUGCAGAACACUACGUCAAUUGUCUGACUGAAUCUAUUGAAAAAUCAAGAAAAUGUAGUUGUGUCUGUCCUGCAGCCCCACUGUGACUUUGCUCUUGGUUUUUAGGGGCCAAGGGCAAGCAAACUGUCUGUGGAGUGUAUUACAGUGUCUUGAGGCAGGUCCAGCCUCCUUUCAGCUCUGCUUCCAGCUUUUUCCUGGCUUUUGGGGGAAAAAACCCCCACCCCGAUAUUUUCUGUGGCUUUGAUUUUUAGGUUAUAAUUUCUGCCAGACCUGAGUAGCAGCCUGUAGGAUUUGUCCUGGGUUAUUUCCACUGUACAACAUUUGGUUUUGCAAUUGUCUCACUUGACAGUAGAAAAAUUGGCCUUUGGGGUACGUUUAAUAGAAAACUGUACUGACUCUUUGUCUUUUUUGCAAAAUAAUCUGUAGGAGGGAAGGAGGGAGGCCAGUCUCUGGCAUUUGUGGCCACUUGCACAACCACUGCCAGCGGAGGACUUUUCAUUAAGAACUGAUGUUCUCGUUGUCUGGGUCUCUGUGAAAUUUUGGUUACUGAAAUGAUCUGAAGGUUCUUCCCCUGAUCUUGUUGCAGGAAGUGAUAAAAGACACUGACAGCGAUGGGAGGGCUGGGUGGAGGAGUGGGGGGACAAGCCCCGUGCAAAGCACAGUAUCCCCCUUUUGCUUCCAGACCGCUCAACGAAAUAUGCCUCAGUCCUGUUCACCUCUCUGCUGUCUUCCAGUGGAGAUGACAACUGUGCCAAAUUUUAUGCUUUUAUGAUACAGAAAAAUGUUUACUAGAGAAUAGGUUGCAACUUGUGGCUUAAAAUGCAUUUGAUUCCAAGUGUACCAAGGUGUAGGAGGGUAACGCACCCAUGCACCGUCCUGUUCCAUCUCCCCAUUUUUAAGUGUACUUCAGGUAUUUUUAAGCAUCCUUAUUUUGUAAACCUUAAUUUAUAAUCUGAACAGAUUAAGUAAAACUUUUGCCCUUUACAGUGCUAUUGUCUCAAAAAUGAUAGUAGCAAAUGAUGUGAAUGGACUAAGCAGGCAGUGCAGGUUUGAGAGUGGCUUGCUAAUGUCUGAGAGUUUAAGCUCGGCCGCUGUGUAUCUGCUAGCACGACCUUGAUUCAAGAGUUUGUUCUUCCAUUUUUUUGAAGGAUCUUUGCUUUUGGGCUUGUAAUUGCUUUGCCAGCUCUUUGAAUGUAGUUUUUUUUAUAUUUAUUUGCACAUUCAAGUAAAAUAAAAUAUUGAUUUUAAAAGUC